AUGUUUGAGAAAAAAAUAUUUAUGGUGAUUUGAAGCUUAAGUUUCAGAUCAACAAAGCAAUUUUUCGCAACGUUCCACCAAAGUUUCUGGUACCCAAGAUCCCGAUCUGAUCUUGAUACUAUAGAUAAAUCUUACGAAAAUUUUUUUGAAAAGCUUGGAAUUUCUUAUCCAGGCUUAGACGACAUUGACUAUAUGAAUUGGCUUCGCGUUGUAAGAAAUUGCAGCUCCUCAGUUAAUUCAGAAGUUCCUGAUGUUUUCUAUCCAGAUCAAGCAAAUAAAACCUGAAGCCUCCUUUACGCAAGGCUUAGAGAGCUUCAUUAUCUUUAUGCUUGUGAUGAGCAUAAGUUAAACCUCCAAGAGUUAGAAAAUUUGGGAAUUUAUACAGGAGAAAAGAUACCACAGUUUUCAAAAAUAAACAACUGAUUAGGGACAAAAACUGGCUUCAAACUUAUUCCGGUUGGAGGAAUGAUCAAUGCUAGGUCCUUUUUAUACGGGCUAGCUUAUAGAGUGUUUUUCUCAACGAGAUAUAUUCGCCACAUUUCGGUUCCUUUUUACUCGCCUGAGCCUGACGUUGUGCAUGAGCUCAUGGGGCAUGUCCCUCUCUUCGGAAACGAAGAAAUUGCUGAAUUUUCUCAAGAAAUUGGGAAGAAAUCUCUGGGAGCAAGCGAAGAGGACAUUGCGAAACUAUUCUAAUUUUGAUAAGUCUGCACUAAUAAUUUAAUAACUCAGGCAAAGUAAGCUUGAAAAGCUGUUUUAGUUUAUUAAAUAUGCAGUAAUAAUUGAAUUAAAGAUACAUAGCAAAAAUUUAUUUUUACUCAAUAGAAUUUGGAAUCGUAGGCGAUAAAAUUUUGGGUGCAGGUAUCCUUGGGUCUUGCAAAGAAAUUUUUCAUGUAAAAAAAGAUAAAUGUGAGUUUAUUGGUUGGGACACUAAAAAAAUCCUCAGUAUGGAUUUUACCCUUUCUUCAUAUCAGCCUGCUUAUUUCAAGACUAAAAACUUCACCGAGAUGAAAAAAUCAGCUUUGAAGGCCUUUAGCUUAAUAUAA